AUGCCUCUAUAAAAUGAUUCAAUUAAAUAAGAUAAUUUUAGCCAAUACUACAAUGGGACUCAUCCUUUGUCAUAAUAUACAUUCUAAAAAUAAGAAACUGUCAUUUGUACACGAUCACGCAGAAUAAUUAAAUAGAUAAAAUUAAAGAGAACAAUUAGACCUACCAUAUAGACACUAUAUAAACAAGAGUAACUACAUUGCGAGUGCUCUACCUCAUGCACCAUACAAAUUAAACUUAAAAAGAGGUGUAAUGCUAAUGCAAGGAAUAGGUAAUCAUAUAUAUAAUACAUUAGGUCAUAGCUCUAUAAUGUAAAGAAGAUUCUUAGAAAAAAUAAAUUUGAACAACUCUUACUUUCACUCUCACGCAUUCAUAAUAGUAAAUCCAUAAUGACUCCUCUAUUAAAUAUUUAUAUAUAGUUAGAUUAUUAAUUAGUGACUUCAUUCUGUGUAAUUUAUAUAUUCUUCUUCUUGGCUCUUUUAAAACUAAAAAAUAUUUUGUAUUAACAUUUCAAUCAUCUAAAAACGAAGUAUCAUGCCAAUAAUGAAGAUUAUAAAGGGUCCCGACUUCAAUUUGAAUUACUAGCAUUUCCAAGGAAGGACGAUAAGAAAAAAAUACAGAUUAAAUAUAGAAAAUAGGAUAAUUAAUUAAGUACGAUGACGUAUUUAACAAUUGAGAUAGUAAAAACUAGAGCGAUGAUUGAAAAUCAAUUGAAUUACAACUCAAAUUAAUAAUGA